CCCCCACCAGUCCUUCUAGAGAGGGCAAGUUUUCUCUCGCUCUGAAUUUUUUUUUUUUCUCUGAAUUUAUUUCUUCCUUCGAAAGAUUACUUUUUUUUUUUCCUUAUGCUCACACAUACAGAAUUUCGAUUUCUCUUUUUAUAUGAUUUUGAUGCGUUCUUUGUCGGCACCCGAAGACGACUUCUUUUCCACUUUCUUUGCAAUCGCCGCCCUCUCCCUCCCUCCAUCUCCCUCUCUCUUUCUAACAAUGCCUUUGACCUUUUACAAUUCUUCUUCUUGUCCAUCAAAAACACGCUUCGUUAGAUAUUAUUGUGGCACCAGGAAACGGUGUCUUUCAGCUCAAAGCCCCUUUCUCCUCUUCUCCUGCAUUACUCUCUCUGUCCCUCCUAUUAACAUUUCCUGGUGUAAGAGCAAAUAAGUUCUGACAGCCUUAUUUAGCGCAAAGCAAAGGUUCUCUCUUACUCUCGAUUCCUGUUUGUACAGUUGAUAUCUAGCAUCUUCAGCUAAAUAUCUAACUAGGUCCGUCUUUUCCUAUUCGUUUCUCGUACAUAACACGACUGCUUUAGGUCCUGGGUUUGCUGCUUGUCUUAAAUUUCUGCAGUUGUUGUAAACUUUCGUGGCAAUUGGUCCAAUCACCUCCAGCUAUUUACUUAUCGAAAAAAAAAAAAAAAAAAAAAACCUUUCGGGUAUUUCAUGAGUUUGGUGAUUGUUAACUCUGUGCUGUUCAAGAGGCCUCUAAUCGUCAGAUCAUGCCCUCUGAGCGUCCCCUUUUGAUCCCAUCUCCGAGAAUUCCAAAUUCCCGAGACAUAUAUACUGCACCCGUCUUGUUAGAUCUAGCUAAACCAAACUCUGGCCGCCCCGGAUUUUUUUCCGAUAUGGAAUCGAAAAACCCAUUUGAGAGUUCCUCUAAUGUGGAACCCAAUUUCAAUUCCUCAUCCCAACGAAGUGUUUUUUCCAUUCAGUCCAGUUCGGCCGGGAAUUCCAUCGGGGACGUGAAUUUUGGUGAUUUGGGGUCGAAGCCCGUGAGAUAUGGGUCCAGAGGGGCUGAUUCCGAGCGGCUUAGCAUGUCCCAGAAGGAAAUCAGUGAUGAGGAUGCGAGGUUGAUUUAUAUUAAUGAUCCUGCGAAGACAAAUGAGAGGUAUGAGUUUGCGGGAAACUCUAUAAGAACUGCAAAGUACUCGAUUAUUACAUUUUUGCCAAGAAAUUUGUUUGAACAAUUUCAUAGAGUCGCAUACAUAUAUUUUCUUGUGAUUGCUGUGCUGAAUCAGCUCCCACAGCUGGCCGUUUUUGGCCGGGGAGUUUCAGUUUUGCCGUUAUCCUUUGUGCUAGUAGUUACAGCUGUGAAGGAUGCAUAUGAGGACUAUAGGCGGCACCGGUCAGACCGAAUUGAGAACAACAUGUUGGCAUCAAUUUUGGUUAAUGAUCAGUUCCAACCAAAAAAAUGGAAGGACCUCCGAGUUGGUGAAAUCAUCAGAAUUCAAGCAAAUGAAACACUUCCUUGCGAUAUGGUGCUGCUCUCGACUAGCGACCCAACUGGGGUCGCAUAUGUGCAGACGAUUAAUUUGGAUGGGGAGUCAAAUUUGAAAACUCGCUAUGCGAAACAAGAGACCCUCUUGAAGAUGCCUGAUGAAGGAAAAGUUAGUGGGUUGAUCAGGUGUGAAAAACCAAAUAGGAAUAUCUAUGGCUUUCAUGCAAACAUGGAAAUUGAUGGAAAAAAGCUGUCACUUGGACCCUCCAAUAUUGUCCUUCGAGGCUGUCAGCUGAAGAAUACUAAUUGGGCAAUUGGGGUUAUAGUGUAUGCUGGUCGUGACACCAAAGCUAUGCUCAACAACUCAGGAGCUCCAUCUAAGAGGAGUCGGCUUGAGACCCAUAUGAACUCCGAGAUCAUCAUACUUUCUAUGUUUCUUGUUGCUCUGUGCGUGGUUGUUUCUGUCUGUGCCCUCAUUUGGUUGCUGAACCACAGGAAAGAGUUGGAUUACUUGCCUUAUUACAGAAAACAAGACUUCUCCAAGGCAGGAGCGAAAGACUAUAACUAUUAUGGGUGGGGAAUGGAGACACUUUUCGCAUUCCUCAUGUCAGUUAUUGUUUUCCAGAUCAUGAUCCCCAUUUCUCUGUACAUUUCCAUGGAGCUUGUCCGGGUUGGUCAGGCUUACUUCAUGAUCCGAGAUACCCAAAUGUAUGAUGAGGCAUCACAUUCGAGAUUUCAGUGCAGAGCAUUGAAUAUAAACGAAGAUUUAGGGCAAGUAAAGUAUGUAUUCUCUGAUAAAACUGGCACACUUACGGAGAACAAGAUGGAAUUCCAAUGUGCAAGUAUAUGGGGAGAAGAUUAUAGUGGUGGGAAUUCAAAAAUUGAGCAAGGAGGAUACUCUGUUCAAGUGGAGGGAAAAGUUCUAAGGCCAAAAAUGAAGGUAAAGACUGACCUGGAGCUUUUACAAAUAUCAAAAUGCGGAAAUGGCACAAAGGAAGGCAAACAUGUCGGUGAUUUCUUCCUUGCGUUGGCAGCUUGCAAUACAAUCGUGCCUCUGGUUGUCGACACAUCUGAUCCCACUGUGAAGAUAAUAGAUUACCAAGGGGAGUCUCCAGAUGAACAAGCAUUGGUGUAUGCUGCUGCCACCUAUGGUUUUAUGCUUAUGGAGCGAACCUCUGGCCAUAUAGUUAUUGAUAUUCAAGGAGAGAGGCAAAGGUUCGAUGUAUUGGGUUUGCAUGAGUUUGAUAGUGACCGAAAGAGGAUGUCAGUAAUAUUGGGGUGCCCUGACAAGACUGUGAGAGUCUUUGUAAAAGGUGCUGACACAACCAUGUUCAGUGUGGUGGAUAAAUCUUCGAACGCGAGCAUAAUACGGGCAACUGAAGCCCAUCUUCAAACUUAUUCCUCACUGGGUUUGAGAACCCUUGUUGUUGGGAUGCGGGAACUGUGCGCUUCAGAAUUUGAACAAUGGCACUCUUCCUUUGAGGCUGCAAGCACUGCUUUAAUUGGUAGGGCGGCUCUGCUUCGAAAGGUUGCUAGCAGUGUUGAAAACAAUCUCUGCAUAUUAGGUGCCUCUGGUAUUGAAGAUAAAUUGCAACAAGGGGUGCCAGAAGCUAUAGAAUCUCUGAGAACCUCAGGUAUCAAAGUAUGGGUUUUAACAGGGGACAAGCAAGAAACUGCCAUAUCAAUUGGCUACUCCUCUAAGCUCCUGACGAGCAAGAUGACCCAGAUAAUAAUUAAUAGCAAUUCUAAAGAGUCAUGUAGAAGGAGUUUGGAAGAUGCCAUUGUCAUGUCUAAGAAGCUUGUGACCAUUGCUGGGGUUGUAGGCAAUGUUGGAGGAAGUUCUGAAGCUGGUUCAACUCCAGUGGCCUUGAUUAUUGACGGUACCAGCCUUGUUUAUGUUCUUGACAGUGAACUCGAAGAACAGCUCUUCCAAUUGGCCAGUAGAUGUUCUGUGGUACUAUGUUGUCGAGUGGCUCCAUUUCAAAAAGCUGGAAUUGUUGACCUCGUAAAGAACAGGACCUCUGACAUGACACUUGCCAUUGGGGAUGGUGCCAAUGACGUUUCAAUGAUCCAAAUGGCUGAUGUUGGAGUUGGAAUCAGUGGCCAAGAGGGUCGGCAAGCAGUAAUGGCAUCAGAUUUUGCAAUGGGACAGUUUAGAUUCUUAGUUCCCCUUAUAUUGGUCCAUGGGCAUUGGAAUUACCAGCGGAUGGCCUACAUGAUAUUAUACAAUUUUUACAGGAAUGCUGUGAUGGUUUUGGUUUUAUUUUGGUAUGUGCUCUUCACUUCUUUCACUUUGACAACUGCAAUCAAUGAAUGGAGCAGCAUGUUGUAUUCUGUAGUCUAUACUUCCGUGCCUACAAUUGUUGUUGGGAUUCUUGACAAGGAUCUAAGUAGGAGGACUCUUCUACAGUAUCCACAGCUUUAUGGGGCUGGUUACAGACAAGAGUGCUACAAUGCAAAGUUGUUUUGGCUAACAAUGUUAGACACAUUGUGGCAAAGUGCAGCUGUCUUCUUUAUCCCUCUCUUUGCGUAUUGGUGCAGUGGCAUUGAUAUAUCAAGUCUAGGAGAUCUUUGGAUACUUGGAGUGGUUAUUUUGGUCAAUGUAAACUUGGCCAUGGACGUCAUCAGGUGGACUUGGAUUACUCAUGCAGCCAUUUGGGGAUCUAUAAUUGCGACUUUCAUUUGUGUUGUCAUCAUUGAUGCUAUACCCUCAUUGAUUGGCUACUGGGCAAUCUUUCAUGUUGCAAGCUCCGUGACAUUUUGGUUAUGCUUGCUUGCAAUCGUUAUAGCAGGCCUAAUUCCCCGUUUUGCUGUAAAGUAUCUUUAUCAAUACUAUAAACCUAGCGAUAUUCAGAUUGCGAGGGAAGCUGAGAAGUUUGGAAAUCUGAGAGAGCUUGGAGCUGUACAAAUAGAAAUGAAUCCUAUCCUGGAACCUCCCCGGAGAUAACGAGGUGAUUUUGUCCCAGUUUGCAUCUCCUUUUUCUUUUGUAAAGUAUCUUAUUCUUUAGGCUGAUUCGGGGUAUCUCUCUCGGUUGCCUGGUUUUGAUUAUUGCUAUCCAAAGGGUAGAGAUUUUCUGAUAUUGUAUUUUGUUUGUUGUAUUCAUCAAGUUAAUCAAUGUACAUUAACCUCGGUUACUACAGAAAAAACAGGCAUUCGUUACACGAAUUUUACCAUGAGAAUUCGAUACCAA